AUGGGCAAAAGAAAAGAUAUGAUUCAUCCCAGGUUCCCCAGUGAGGGCAGCUCCUCUCUACACAAUGUCCAUAAACACAAACACAAACAUAAAAAACAGAAGAAGCACAAAAAGAAGCAUCACAGUUUCCCAGAGAUCCCUGAACCUGUGCCCAUUCCUCCUCCUCGGCCUCCGCCACAGCUGCGACUCAAAAUCAAACUGGGUGGACAAACGCUCGGGACUAAAAGUGUUCCUACUUUCACAGUCCAUCCUGGAGUGGCACGUCCUCCAUCUCCUCUGAUGAUCAUAGAUAACAACAGUGACAGCGAUGAUGAUGAUGAUGAUGAUGAUGAGGAGCCCUCGGUGCCUCUGGAGCAGUACCGAGCCUGGCUGGAUGAGGACAGUAACAUGGCCUCGUCCCCGAUGCCCAGCGUGGACUCAGACUCUCCUUUGCCUUUAGACGAGGAGGAGCGAUGGCUCGACGCUCUGGAGAAAGGAGAGUUGGACGACAACGGAGACUUGAAGAAAGAAGUGGACGAGUCGCUGCUCACGGCCAGACAGAAAGCAUUGCUCCACAAGCAGCAGAUCCAGCCCCUCCUGGAGCUGCCCAUGGGCUACAAGGAGAAGGAGAUGACCGCGGAGAUGAUGCAGAAACGUGAAGAGCGGGCACGGAAAAGACGUUUGCAGGCGCAGAAAAAAGCGGAGGACAGCAAAAACCAAACCAUCGAGAGACUCACCAAAACCAGCAAGGCCAAGAUCAAGAGCAUGAGGGAGCGCAAGUCCAAGCAGAACCAAUGUCCCAUGGUCAGAUACACGGACACGAAGGAGGGAGUGGCCAUUUCUUUCCCUGCUGGGGUACAGGCGCCUUGUCCGGUCCCACCCAGAGCCCACCUGCCCCGGCCUGUGCAGUGUGGGGUGAGUGGCUGUGAGAAUGUGAAGAAGUAUGCCUGCUCCAAGACUGGGGUCCCCCUCUGCAGCCUGGAGUGCUACAAGAGGAACAUGCUGCUGCAACGUCCAGCCUAA